GAGAAUGAAACCAAAUGUAUUGCGUCUCAGCAAAGUUUUAUUUAUGGUUCUGUUUAUAUGUUUAAUCAUCUACUCCAUCCAAGAAUUAGAAUACUUAGAAACUUUCAAAAUUAUUCAACCUGCAGAAGCAGAAUAUCCGAAUUCUUUCUGCAACUGCAAACCUAGGAUUGCACGCUAUAUAGAGAAUAUUAACGAAGCCAUAUUACCUGAAUAUAUUGAUUUCUCUAAGGUGAAGAAGGGGGACUAUGUUGGUAAAUCUACAUGUAAUAAUUAUACAUCUGCACUUGGAGCUGGGCAGAAUGUGUUAUCCUACUCGUUAUAUAAUCCUCCCAGGGCUUUAACAGGAGAAAUACUCGAAUUGGAUGCCUGGGAUACAAAAUAUAUUGAGCUUAUAGAGGAUAUAAUUCCUCAUGCAGAGAUGUACUACCCCGGAUGGAGAAUCCGGAUUUAUCACAACAUUACUCGACUGGAACCUGACAGAAUGACGAGACAGGAACUGUGUAGAUUGUAUUGUACAUAUCAUCUUAUAGAUCUAUGUGAUGUCACUAAUUUACCCAGUGUUGGGAACCUUAAUGAAAGAUCUCCUGUUGGUAGACUAUGGAGGUUUCAGCCAGCAGGAGACCCAACAGUUGAUGCGUUUGCUUGCAGAGAUAUUGAUAGUUAUAUGUUGGAUAGGGAGGUGUUUGCAGUCAAGGACUGGUUGAAAUCUCCACACCAAUAUCAUAUUAUGAGAGAUGGACCAUUUCACACCAUGUUCGGUAUGUUGGCCGGUAUGUGGGGCGGCCGGAACUACCAGAAUAUGACGCUAGCUCUGGAAGUACGCAAAGCGUACAUGAGAGUUCAACCUUCAGAAGCUAAGAGUUCAGAUCAGGAUGUUUUGAUUAGUGAGGUCUACCCUUUAUUGAGGGAUUUCUCGUUAAUUCAUGAUAGCCAUGGCUGUGUUUCUGGUUUGGUCGGGGCUAAUAUGGCUCCUUAUCCAACAAGGAGAGUCGGGUUUACAUUCGUAGGCUAUGGGCCAUCAUGGAAUCAUAUGAUGUGGGCAUUAGCUAAUUCUCCUUGUCCUGUGGAGUGCAGACCCCCAAACCAUCAGGUAUAUAUUCAUAUAUUAGCUAGUUCUCCUUGUCCUGUGGAGUGCAGACCCCCAAACCAUCAGGUUUAUAUUCAUAUAUUAGCUAGUUCUCCUUGUCCUGUGGAGUGCAGACCCCCAAACCAUCAGGACUGGGAUUAUUGUUAGCAGACAUCUGGAAAAGAUUAGAUAGCUCAAUUUUUGUUAUAUUUUUAAUCUCAUUAAACAGCUUUAUUAUGAUGUU